AUGGUCCAACCACCCCCGGACCUCGCACGCUAUGACAACAACGAUGAUAGUGAUAGCGUGGGAACGAGCUUGGCUCAUCAGGAUAUGUCUCCGCCGGACUCCCCAUCCAGCUUGCGGGCAGCCUCACCACCACCACAUGCCCCUCCCCAACGACUCCACAAACCACUCACGCGAGUCCAAAGGGAACGCACCAGGGAGGCAUGGGCUUCACCUGAGCUUGCCGCUGGCCGCUCCAACAACAUCAGUCCACGGGCCUUUCACUCGCUCCGUGAUGGUACAUGGCUUCAAGACGAAGCCAUCCAUAGAUUCCUGCGACUCCUCGUUGCGCGGGACGCUUUCCAAGCCUCUCUCAUUGACGCUCACCGACCCAGCUUUGUUUUCACUUCCUUUUUCAUGACUCAGCUGCUGAACAUGGGUGACCUUGAUCCAACCGUUCAGGGCAGCUACAGCUACUCCAACAUUCAAAGGUGGUCCCGUCGAGUCCCGGGUCAAGACGUCUUUGCACUCGACAAACUUUUUCUCCCAGUAAAUGUCAACCGAAGCCACUGGAUGGUGAUCGUUGCCUUCAUGCAGGAACAACGAAUUCAAGCCUACGAUUCUGCAGGCGCCACCAACACACGGUUUCUCCAAGCUACCCUUCGAUACCUCGCCGAUGAGCACCAACGAGUGCACAAUCGUGCCCUCCCCAUCCGAGAUUGGUCCCUUUGUGAAUCUACCCCUGCAACUCCUACACAACUCAACGGCUACGACUGCGGCGUCUUCACUUGCGCUUUCAUUGACUGCCUCCUGCGCAAUGACACUCCAACCUUUUCUCAAGAGGACAUGACCCAGUACCGCCGAUGGAUCACUCUGUCCCUUCUUGAGAACCAACUACCCAUCGGGUAG